UCACUCACAGGGGCCAGGCCAGGCUGGGGCAGCCAUGGCAGCGGCACUAGUCUGGAUUUCUCUUCUUGUGGGUCUCCUGGCAGGGCUGGGGGGCAUCGGGGCCCAGCAGACCACCCUACACCCGCUCGUGGGCCGUGUCUUUGUGCACACCUUGGACCACGCAAACUUUCUGCGCCUUCCUGAGCAUGUCGCUGUCCCACCCACCGUUCCCAUCACCUACCAUGCCCACCUCCAGGGACACCCAGACCUGCCCCGGUGGCUCCGCUACACGCAGCGCAGCCCCCACCACCCUGGCUUCCUCUAUGGCACGGCCACCCCAGAAGAUCGAGGGCGCCAGGUCAUUGAGGUCACAGCCUACAAUCGGGACAGCUUUGACACCACUGGGCAGAGGCUGGUGCUGUCAAUUGGGGACCCAGAAGGGCCCUUGCUGCCAUACCAAGCUGAGUUCCUGGUGCGCAGUCAUGACGUGGAGGAGGUGCUGCCCUCCACGCCUGCCAGCCGCUUCCUCACGGCCGUGGGGGGGCUCUGGGAGCCAGGGGAGCUCCAGCUGCUCAACAUCACUUCUGCCUUGGACCGUGGGGGCCGUGUACCCCUUCCCAUCGAGGGCCGCAAGGAAGGGGUGUACAUCAAGGUGGGCUCUGCCUCACCCUUCUCUUCCUGCCUGAAGAUGGUGGCAUCCCCCGACAGCCAAGCCCGCUGUGCCCAGGGCCAGCCUCCACUUCUGUCCUGCUAUGACACCUUUGCACCCCAUUUCCGUGUGGACUGGUGCAAUGUGUCCCUGGUGGAUAAGUCAGUGCCAGAGCCUGCAGAUGAAGUGCCCACCCCAGGUGAUGGGAUCCUGGAGCACGACCCUUUCUUCUGCCCACCCACCGAGGCCACAGCCCGUGACUUCCUGACAGAUGCUCUGGUCACCCUCCUGGUGCCCCUGCUGGUGGCCCUCCUGCUCACCCUGCUGCUGGCCUACAUCAUGUGCUGCCGGCGGGAGGGACGGCUGAAGAGAGACCUGGCCACAUCUGAGUAA